GGAUGCCCGUUCAAACGACAGACUUGUGUGAGUGUGAGUCUGUGGAUUGUGGAUGUGUGCUCAUGAUGAAACCAUCUGCUAUCAACAUCUCUUUCUCAUCCAUCCAAAGAAUUCCCAUUCAACAGUUUUGUCAGUCAACUUAGACACCUUCCCCAGAGCAGACGUGCGGUUCGUGAGCUCUUGUCUCCGAGUACUAACUUCUGAGAGUUUCGCAUCCUCCUCCUCCUCGUCGUCGUGGUCGUGGUCGUGGCCGUCUUAGUCAUCUGAGAAAUCCCACGAGUCAACCCUAUCCAUCAUAUAUCGAUCUAGGUGAAGAUGGUCAUCCGCAUGGAUCGCGAGCUUAGCCAAGAACUGAACCAGUGUGCCGAGAGUGCAACCACAACCAUCUCGGUUUCGUCGACCACCAUGCCACCUCAGAGCAACCACCCAAUAAGUCCCGUAGAGUCUACACGAGUCAGACGAAGGUCAUCCUCGUCCUCGAUCCACAAGUCACAUCCAGCCGUCAAGGCCAACAGAAACACCCGUGCCGAAUUCCGAAGACUGAAAACCAUUGUUCCUUCCAUUCAACGCAAGGACCGUGUGUCCAAGCUGGACAUUAUCCUUGAAGCUAUCAAAUACAUCGAUGAUCUCCAAGACCAGCUCUUCGAUCGUCUGGGCUCCCCGGUGGGAGAAUCGUUCGGCGAAUCGGAUCAGCGCAUGUCAACCGCCCAAUUCGCUCGCGCCCUCUCCAAUUGCGAGGCCCUCCGGGGCUUUGGUGUCUCCGGACCUCUCCAUAGUGAUGAAAGUGAAGAUGAGGACGAUGAAGAUGAAGCUAUGAGUGAUGACGAGUGUGUGAAGGUGACGGAGGGCCUACUUCCAAGCACAAUCAUGACCGGGCUCCCGGACAGUUCCACAGAUCCUCCGAGUGAUGACUCGGGCUCCUUAAACGGAAGCCUUUGAUUUGGUCACACGAGUGGACCAAAUCACACCUUUCGCUCUCUGACUCAUCCCCACCACAACCACCACUACCAACACCAACACCUCCAAUUCCUCUCCAAUGGGUCAGAAGUGACCAAAUGCACUGGAUAUGUACAAAUGUUCCACAAACGAGAUUCCUCUUCUUCCUCCUCUCUCUUUCCGAGUUUUAAGUCCACAUCCCGGCUCACUCCCGGGAUGUUGGGAAGCAUCCGAUUACUUUUUCCGUUGUGUAAUUUUAUAUCCUCGAUUCAAGAUUCAAUCAAUCCAAUCCAAUGACCAUGAUAUUGGUGAUGAUUUACUUCGUCAACAUUCCAAUUCGCCCAACUUCAUACCGAAGCAAAGCUGUGAUAUGUGUUCCGAUUUCUGCAAGAAAUCCAAGCAAUAUACAAAUAAAUCACCUCGAUCUAAACAUGA